AUGUUGGGCUUGUGGUCCCUGCUUCUCCUCGGGGGUCUGGUGACUCCAUGCCAGGGGCUGCUCGAGGCAGUAGGCACGCUUGCUCGGAUUGACAAGGAUGAACUCGGCAAAGCCAUUCAGAACUCACUGGUCGGGGGACCAAUUCUGCAAAAUGUUUUGGGGUCGGUCACAUCGGUGAACCAGGGCCUCCUGGGCUCUGGGGGACUGCUCGGAGGAGGUGGCCUGCUGAGUUAUGGAGGGAUUUUUGGUGUUGUUGAGGAGCUCUCGGGCCUGAAGAUCGAAGAACUCACUCUGCCGACAGUGUCGCUGAAGCUGCUGCCGGGGAUUGGGGUGCAGCUGGGCCUGCACACCAAGGUGGGCCUGCAUGGUUCUGGCCCCCUGGGGGGCCUCCUGCAGCUGGCAGCCGAGGUGAACGUGUCUUCGCGGGUGGCGCUGGGCAUGAGCCCGCGGGGUACGCCCAUCCUCAUCCUCAAGCGCUGUAGCACCAUCCUGGGACACAUCAGUCUUCUCUCGGGGCUGCUGCCUGCACCGCUCUUUGGGAUCGUGGAACAGACACUCUUCAAGGUGCUGCCGGGACUGCUGUGCCCUGUGGUGGACACUGUGCUGGGCGUGGUGAAUGAGCUCCUGGGGGCUGUGCUGUGCCUGGUGCCCCUUGGGGGUCUUGGGUCCGUGGAAUUCACUCUGGCAACACUGCCACUCAUCUCUAACCAGUACAUAGAACUGGACAUCAAUCCAAUUGUGAAGAACAUAGCUGGUGACAUCAUCGACUUCCCCAAGGCCCACGUCCCAGUCAAGGUGCCCCCCAAGCAGGACCACACAUCCCAAGUGACUGUACCUCUGUACCUCUUCAAUACUGUGUUUGGACUUCUGCAGACCAAUGGUGCCCUCGACAUAGACAUCACCCCUGAGCAGGUUCCCAGCAAUAUUCCAUUGACAACUACAGAGCUGGCGAAUUUGGUCCCUGAGGCCCUGGGGAAGUUGACCCCAGGCAAGAACCUCCUGCUCUCUCUGCGGGUGAAAGAAGCGCCCACCAUCACACUCCAGAACAAGAAGGCCACAGUCUCCAUCCCAGCAACCAUCCACGUGCAGUCCUACCAGCAGAAGGAGACCCCGGAAGCCCUCUUUGACCUGAGCGGGGUUAUGACUUUAACUGCCCAGCUGUCUCCCUCGGCUACCAAGCUGCACCUCACCCUGUCCCUGGAACGGAUCAGUGUCAAACUGGCCUCUGCCUUUGCCCAUUCCUUUGAUGCUUCCCAUUUACAAGAAUGGCUCAGUGAUGUGGUCCGGGCAGCAUAUGUGCCGAAGCUCAAUGCGGAUCUGGGUGUUGGAAUUCCCCUGCCUAAGGUUCUCAACGUCAAUUUUGCCAAUGCAGUCCUGGAAAUCAUAGAGAAUGCUGUUGUGUUGACCGUGACAUCCUGAGGCUGAGAGACGGCCACCGUCCUUUUCUGUUGACGGCCAGAGUCCUGUCCACCUGCCCACUCUGUCUUAAUUUCCCUCUAACCUCUAGCCUGUGUCGGUGACAGUAUGUGUCCUUUAGCCACCCAGGCCCACCCAGGUGCUCUGACCCUGCAGCUCUGCCCCCAGUC